AAAAUGCCAAUGCCUAAUGACAUUCUAAAAAUGUAUUUUCUAAGGUGCCCAGGUAUUGUGUAAGUUUAUUUCCAGGAUGGAAAGAAAAACUCCCAAUGAUACAGAUUGACAUAAAAUGUUCAGGGCAUGGGGUCCAGCAGAGAGCAUUUAGACACAUGGAUAAGUAGGAUAAGUAGUAGGAGUGUAGAUUGUGCGUCCUACCCUGUGCGCUCUAGUGUAAGUAAUGUAGCAGUGGGUGUGUAGCAGUUGCAGCAGAACAUAGUGAGGCAUGAGUGAGGCAGACAGAAAUAGCCAGGCGCUGUUUACAGAGAGGGAGGGGGAAAGCGAUUGCCUAAGGCAGCUGUGAGUGUCCUGCAUGUCACACUUGCGACUGGCUGCAUCUGGAGUGACGUUCUGCCCGAGUCCUGAGGAAUACACUGAGCCCCCGACACCGCCACAGGGCAACGACUUUCCUCCUGCGCAACAUGACACAUUGAUUCCUAAUAACGAGAAGCAUUAGACGGAGUCGUUGAGCCAGCAGGACAAGACUGCGCUCCACUGUCAAGUCUUUGCGCUUUGGAAGACGCACGCAAGGAACAGGCUAGACUUUUCCUAAGUUCUGACUGCGCAUAAUGUUAAGCUGGGACUGAUCAGACCCCCAGUAAUGAUGCCUGAAGGAGAGAGGUUUAUGGGCGCCGCUUCCUCCAAAUGCGCUUCUUCUUAUCCCGGCUGUGCAGCUUUGUGCGGCUGCGAUCUGACAGUUGCACGUUCAGCACGGAUCGGGGCUUUCCAGCUUAACCAGGCGGGUAAAGAAGAUAACGCAGGGGGGUAGAUUCUCCACUUCUUAUGGGGGACUGAUGUGCAACUGGGGCGCUGGAAUAUGUACCAGCCUUUUCAGCACUUGGACAGCGGUCAAGUCGCCUGCUGCCAGUCGCCGGAGAUGCCCAUGAACACAAGUGUGUCCCGAGAAUCGCAGCAGAAGAAAGAACUGGCGGCGGGGCAAAUAGUAACCGGGUGCCUCCUGCUGCUGCUCAUCUUCUGGACUCUAUUUGGGAACAUCUUGGUGUGCACAGCGGUCAUGCGAUUUAGGCACCUGCGCAGCAGGGUGACCAACAUCUUCAUUGUGUCUUUGGCAGUGUCGGAUCUACUUGUUGCCCUCCUGGUGAUGCCAUGGAAAGCUGUAGCCGAGGUGGCAGGUCACUGGCCAUUUGGGGCAUUUUGUGACAUCUGGGUGGCCUUUGACAUUAUGUGCUCCACCGCCUCCAUACUCAACUUGUGUGUCAUCAGCGUUGACAGAUACUGGGCCAUCUCCAGCCCAUUCAGGUAUGAGAGGAAGAUGACCCAAAAAGUUGCUCUGCUGAUGAUCAGCGCUGCCUGGGCUCUCUCUGUCUUGAUCUCUUUUAUCCCAGUGCAGUUGAGUUGGCACAAAAGUGAAACAGAUGACCACCUAUUGAGCAAUCACUCAACUGGCAACUGUGACUCCAGUCUGAACAGGACUUACGCUAUCUCCUCCUCCCUGAUUAGCUUUUACAUCCCUGUGGCUAUCAUGAUUGUGACCUACACUAGGAUAUAUAGGAUUGCCCAGAUUCAAAUCAGGAGGAUCUCCACCUUGGAGAGAGCUGCUGAACAUGCCCAAAGCUGUAGGAGCAACCGGGUGGAUUCAUGCAGCAGGCACCACCAGAAUAGCCUAAAAAAUUCCAUCAAAAAAGAGACCAAAGUUCUAAAAACCUUGUCUAUCAUUAUGGGCGUGUUUGUAUGCUGCUGGCUACCAUUCUUCAUUUUGAACUGCAUGGUUCCCUUCUGUGACAAGUCUUCUGGCCACCCACAAGCAGGACUUCCGUGUGUAAGUGAGACCACCUUUGACAUCUUUGUCUGGUUUGGUUGGGCUAACUCUACCUUGAACCCAAUCAUCUAUGCUUUCAAUGCUGACUUCAGAAAAGUCUUUUCCAUCCUUUUGGGUUGUGGGCACUGGUGCUCCACCACCCCCGUGGAGACGGUCAACAUCAGCAACGAGCUGAUUUCCUACAACCAAGACACCCUAUUCCACAAGGAUAUUGUAACUGCUUACGUCAACAUGAUUCCCAACGUUGUGGAUUGUAUUGAUGACAAUGAGGACGCUUUCGACCACAUGUCCCAGAUAUCUCAAACCUCUGCGAACAAUGAGCUGGCCACUGAUUCAAUGUGUGAACUUGACAGUGAGGUGGAUAUCUCCUUACACAAAAUAACACCAUCCCUGCCAAACGGUAUACAUUAAGAGCGGUGUAUUUAUUUAGGAGGAUAAUAUAUUUGAUUGUAUAUCUCA